ACAAUAUCCAAGCAAGUCGAAAUGGCAGCUGCUCGGAGAGCUGCUGCGGCGGCUCUUGCGGUGGCACCACCACCGACGCCUAAAGCGACGGACCUGGUCCUGGCGCUAUCCCGAACGACCUUUGCCUCGCACACGGAUCUCUUUCGGGCGGAAAUAUUCACCGUUGGCGGCGAGCUCCCGAUUCGAAUUUGGAUGGAGUCGCGGCGGUCCAAAGGCCAAUGGGAGUGCACUGUGACAAACUUUGACGACCACCGACCAGCCGGGGCAGCGUAUUCCCUGCCACCGACCACCAUUCUCACGGCGUUGAUGAGUGUACUGACAUGCACCUCCAAGCGAAGCAACGAGACGUGUUCCGAGAGCUGCGAGCAUUACGACAUUGACUUGCAUCCGUUGCCGCAGCGCGGGCUGUCGCUGGCGUUGUCCAUGAAGGCCUUUGUAGGAAUGAGGGCCGACUACACGUUCCAGUUGGCGCCUUGUGCCGUGGAAGCUCUGGACGUCGUGCAUGCCAAGGUUCGGGACCUCGAGGAAGAAGUCGCCGAGCUGCGCGCAGAGAACCGCCGGCUGCGGUCGGCCAAACGUCAGAAGGCGGCUCGAACGCCACUCGACCGCCUCGAGGUGUCAUCGGGGCACGACACGGACGCGUUCGACCACGUCGCAUGGACGGUGCCGACGCUGUCGCAGCCGUCGCUCGUGUCGAUCAACAGCGACCACGACGUGCUGACCAUCCGUCGAGAGGGCUUGUUCCACCUCCACGUGUCUGGCAGCUGCACGACCAGCAGCGGACUGCUGGUGCUGUACCACAACGACAACAAGGUGGCCGUGGCAGCCGCCAUCAAGCAAGACGACGGCGCGAGCACCAAGUACCAGCUCCAGCUGUCGGUCAUGCUGCAGCUGGCCGUGGACGCCACCGUCGAGGUGUGCUACCUAUCGAAAACCCCCUGCGGCCACUCGCAGUGUCCCCCCGCCGGCAGCUGCGCCAGGUCCAAACUGAAUAAACGAGCGACGCUGGUGGUGCAUGUGAUCAACUUGCUUCCACCGUCCGACCAAGCCGCGCCAGAGUCCCCCCCCGUGGAGGACGACGACGACACGGACGUGGACAUCGUGGAUGUCAAAAGAGAGCGAUAAGCGCACAAACGGGCUGGGGUUGUGUUGUCGAAGUACAGUAAUACAUUGCACAGCCGUGCCAUCUCGACUACUGAUGUCCUUUGGCAAUAUGAAAUUCCGCCGUUUACUGUUACUGUACCACGUAGACAUAUCUACAGCUGUACUACUGUGGAUAGCUUGAUAAAUAUCUAUCAAAGGUCGUGUAACCUUUCAAUGUAAC